GCCAACGCGAAACCGACCCGGCCAUGCCCUCGAGCGCCGUCGCCAUCGCGCGCUGGAAGAAGGUUCGCGCGCUCCUGCGGUCCAUUCAAACGUUUGGACGCCGAGAUGACGUCGGCGCGUCAGCCAAGCCAUCGGGAUCCACUGCGGCUGUCGUCCCUUUCGUGCCCAGUGCGUGGACUUCAGCGAAAACCCGCCAGUUUCAUGCGGCCGCUAGGAAGCAGUAGGCUCCUUGAUCCCGUCCGAGCUGCGAUCAUGGGAUCUUUUCUAUGUAGAGAGCAAUACCGGUCGGAUGUCGAUCUAAAGUUGCUGAUGGAACUGGUCCAGAGCAUCGCCCUCUUUGCUCCCUCCCGUACAUUGCCAAGCUGUAUGUGUGCCAAAAGCUGCGCUAUCGAACACUGCAUGAGGGACAAGUCGUCUACAGCCAAGGCGACCGCAUCACGGGCCUUGGAAGCCUCUACAUCAUUCUCGACGGCGUUGUCAGCAUUUACAAGAACAGUGCCGUUGUAAGCGUAGCAGCGCACGAUGCCCUUUUUGACGCCAGCGAAGAAGACGACAUUGACAUGGGUGACUGCAUUCAAACACUCACCGUGGGCGAAGUCUUUGGAGAGGGUGCCCUGCUAGGCAGCGUGCUGCGGUCCACAACAGUCCUCACACAGUCGUGUGCAACUGUCGUCAUGCUCUCUGCCAUCGCGUACAAGGCUGUCUUGACGUACGGCAGCAGCGGCUUAAACGCGGCCGAAUACAUUUACGCAGUUCAGUGCGAGCAGCACCGCCGGUCGCGAGACGACAGUGCGAAGCUCUCGGCACUUCUGAGCCACUUUCGCACUUUUCGAUGCCUUCCACGACCGACACUAGAGCGGAUCGCUUGCAAGCUGGUAGUGCAAACGUUCCCUGCCAAUGCUGUCGUCCUGCACCAAGAGAGCUCGCUGGCCAAGCUUGUGGUUGUCGUCGCGGGCCAAUUGCAGAUUCACGUACAAGACACAACCGAAGGUGCCAAGCUCGUGCCGAGAAGCGCUCUUGCGCCGUCGGCGUCCGAGCACGAAGCCCUCUACGGACCUGUUGUCGGCGAGCUCUCACACGGCGAGUGCUUUGGCGAGGUGGCGUUACAGAAGGCGUUUGGCUCGACCCAAGCUGCCACGUUGCGAACGCUGUUGCCAGCAACGGUGAUUGUGCUGGCGCAAACCGACUACGACCGCCUCCUUUGCGAGAAUGCCCUCUUGGAGAUGACCGCGCCUCACAACGAUGUCAACGAGCUUCUUCAACUGUGCGCGAUACCAAGCGUGGACCGCACCGAAGACCACGUGCGAACAACUAUCUCUGCUCUCUUACGCUGCGACGCGCGGAUCUUUUGGCGACAGUUCAAUCCCGUGGACCUGUCUUUCAUUGCCAAGCAUGCCUCGAUCACUGUUGUCGACGCCGGCACCGUUCUCGUGGAGCAAAACCACCGGAGCGGAGGCAUGUAUGUGCUCCUUACUGGCGCCGUCAACAUCCACCGACUAACUUCGACCAAAGUGCGUCGGCGUCAAAGCGUUGCUGCGCAAGUCGAGCUGCACGGCCGAGAGUACGCUGCGAGCUCCAACGAGAAGCACGGGCGGUUCCUCACCAGCCUCAGUAUCGGCGCCGCAUUUGGGCACGUGCCACUUUUGACCAACUCGCACAGCCAGUCGACGUAUGUCGUCUCGCGCAACCUUGCCAAAGGAAUCACCACGGCCACCGUGCUACACGUACCAGCGGCGUACGUUCUCGGUUUGCUCCGCCAAGAAAACGACAAUGACGACGAGGCGCUGCUAUUCCAGCCCCGACUUGUAUUUGACAACGCUAGCGUCAAGCCGCGCGACCCGACGUUGUUGACACUCGAGAAACUCGCCACGUACCUCGGCCACCACGAUGCGCUUCGAGCUGUGCCGUACAGCGUGCGCCUACGUCUGCUGCAGGGCAUGGAGAUCGUCGAGGUCCGACACAACCAGCUGCUCUGGGAGGCGCACGAGUCCCGUCCCCACGCGAUCGUGCUCGUCCUUGCCGGCUCGCUGCUUCUUGUGCAGUCGGCUUCGUCCCACCAUGCGAUCCUUGACGACGGCAAACACGGCACGGCGAUUCAGAGCAGCGUCACGUUCGAUCCGCACCGCACCGCCGACGCUGUGACGCGCAUGAACAGCACUGACCUACUCACGACGCUCUGCAUUGGCGACAUCGUGGGUUCCAUGCAGUUUGGCAGUGCGCUCCAAGCGCAGUCGGCCAUGGCCACAUCGGAUGGUAAAGUGGGCAUCUUGCACUGGGGUCUUUUACCGCCGAUUCGACCCGCGCUCCUCGAGCUCGUUGACGAUAUUGCUCGGCAGCACAUGCACCGUACGUUCAACGGCAGCACACACGGCGAAGCACAAUCGCGCCGACCCGACAUGCGUGCGCUCACGGCCCAACUCUUUGCAAUGACGGGCCUUCGCGACACCUUUCCCAUCGCGGUGCAAGACGUGGUGCACGAAGACGCGCGCUUUGUCUCUUACCGUCCGGGCGAAGUCGUGUGCAAGCAAGGCGAGAGCCAGGAAGCGCUCUAUAUCGUUCUCACGGGCAGCUUUGAUGUCUUCGUCCAGCGCGCUACCGCCAUCACAGCUCGCCGGACGUCCGUGGAAGCCAAAUUGGCGUGGCGACCGCCGUCCAAACGCAAGUUUACCGUCACCGAGCGCGACGAGAACCCGAUGAAGGCACUCAUGCAACUCUCGAAGGAGCCAUCGGCACAGACCGCGAGUAACGUCAACAAGCUUCUGCAACCCUCCGUCCACGUGGCUCUGAACGGCGACCGUCGCGGCGUUCGUGAAGCCACCUUGGGUCCAGGCGACGUCUUUUGCGAGCGUGCUCUCUUUGAAAACGGCCUUUCCCACCCAUCGACGAUCGUGACGACGACGGCCGCAACCGUGCUUGUUUUGCACCGCAGUGCGUAUGAAAACCUAGUUGCGUUCGGUCGUCCUGCACCCCGCUCGUCCCACCAGGGCUCCCAGCGCGCGCGGGAUCUCUGGAAACUUGUCGUACAUUUUGUGCUCAAGAAGCGGGCGCAGCGAUCGCAUUGGCCGAGCGUCAUCGCCUUUGCGCGCCAAAAGCGCAUCCAGCUCGUGCUCGAUAUUGUCGCGGACGUGCCCUGUUUUGUCAAUAUGGCGACGCACCUCCGAGAGCAGAUCUGCGAGCGCACGCUCUUCCAGACGUUUGCGCCCAACACUCAUGUCUUUCCAAAGGGGGCGUCUACGGAGCGCGUCUUCGUGCUCGUGUCCGGGUCCGUCGACCUGGUGCAGACAGCGGGCACAACGAUCGAUCUAUCGACGUUGACGUUGUCCACCUCGAGCUCCGACGCUGCCGAGCUCACGGGCUACGUUCGUGUGCGCACAGUCAAGAACGGUGAUGUCUUUGGCGAAUACGAGGUACUCGCCGCAGAGAGCCACCGACAAAUCUCGGCCAUCGCGACCCAUGGCGCGCGCGUCGUUGCUAUCAAUAAGGCCGAGUACCUCCAGUCGUGGCCCGGUGUUGCCGAGCAGCAAGACCGUUUGGCCUUUCUUCAGAAUACAGACGCGCUCCGAGCUCUCGAUCGCGAUCGCGCGUGUUCGCUAUGGUACGGUCUCACGCCCCGCGCCUGUCGCCGCAUGGACGUGAUCUUGCCCUUGCCAACGGCAAAAGCUUCGGACGCGCUCGUUCUGAUCCAAGACGGCGAGUGCAUCGUGCAGCGCCAGGUCGCACUGCGCCGAACGAUCCAUGAAAAGUCGUGGCAGGAGCCCGCGCUGCGCUUAGAUGCACAAGUGGCCACGUUAGGCCGUGGAAACAUUGCGCUCUGUGAAGACGCCUCGUGGCAUGCGCUGGAGCUCGUGGCAUCCAGUCGCGACGUCUCCCUUCUCGUCUUGCACUACGCCGGCGCGCCGUUUAUGCUGCAACGAAUCUUGGGCAAGCGCGGCAUGGGUGCGCUGCGCAAGGUGUCGCGCGCCCAGCUCGAGUGGCAUGCACAUCGAGAACAGACCGCGACGCAGCUGGCGACGAGCUCGCACCCGAAACCAGUGACCGCGAGCACUUUACCGCUCUUGCAGUGCGUACCGAUUACGACGCUCCGCAACAACCGGCUCGCUCUACCGCGUUUCUUGCUGCAGCGCACCCUUCCAGGCGCGCCCUCGCCACCAAAGAGCGCUGCUGUUCGAGGUCCGCGCGCACCACCUACGUUGGCCGACGUUGCGCCGAAACGCAAGGUCUUUGGCUCCUUUGGUACGCCGCGGAUCACGCCCUGCGAAGCCGUCGGGCCCGUCCUCGCAAAAGCGCCGCGCGAUGAUUCCUUGAGUCUUCAACGCAAGCUGCAACAUCAAAUACGCGCCGAGAACCAGCUGGCGCACACACUCGAUAGUGCGCUGCGGGCAGCGGCAUCAACGACGUCGGAGAAGGCAUGCCGCCUGCGCCAUGGCCGUCCGCCGCGGAAUCAGAAGCGCGACUGCCCGUCCAUGGUCGCGCUGCGCGUCUCCGACCCAAGCGUGGCACAAGCGCACGCACCCGUGCCGGCCCCGCGGCGCUGAUUGGCCCGUCCUGUCCGGAUACGUCCAUGCGGGUCAUUUUUCAAAAACACCAAGAGCAAUCAACCGUCU